CUCCCCGAAAGCGUUUUCAUAUUAACAAGUACUUCGUACACCCCGACCCAAUAUUAGUAACACUCCCGACAAGAAAACAACAAACCACGAAAAACGGAAAACAGAAAAGACUAAACGGGACGAGAGCGUUCAACCCCACCACUUGAGAUCGGCCCUCCCUCAUCGUUCUUACAUACCUCUACCACAACAUUAGGGGAAAACAUGGAAACUGGACUCUACACAUGCACCCAGCAGCGACAUUACUGUUGCCGAGCUACCUAACGGCGCCAAAAGCACCACUGUUUCAGCCCCCUCUCUCUCUCGCACACCAACACAAGCCGAUACAGACACACGUGAAGCCGCACGACGCAUCGAGCGAGGGCGAAGGAGCGACUACACACGUCAACAAUAGUAUAUCUCCUCCUCGUCCGUCCAGCACAGAGCCUCUUGGGUGGUACGCAAAAUGUCGUUGGUGCACCAAUCGAGCAUGUCGUCCGCGAACGCCGAGACCGCAGCCCUCUCCCACUUGGUAAGCCUGGCGAUCUUCUCCCUCUGCACGAUGUCCACGUCCACCGUGUUCGAUUCCUUGUGCAGUAUCACGCAAAAGAGCAGCGAGGCUGCCUGCGGGAGCGAGCCAGACUCGCGCGACAGUUCAUCUGCGAUAACGUUCGAUGAUCCUACCCACGGCCCCACUCCACGCGUGUCCUCCUUGACGGCACCAUCACCGCCGCCACGGCCGCCGCCGCUGCCGCUGCCACCUUCUCCCCCACCAUUCCCGCCGCCACCACCACUGACAUUGUGAUCCCCCGCCUCCUCCACGCCACUCUCACGCGCAGGGAGCAUCGGAAGAGCUAGCAACACGCACCGCGUUCGAGUUGAGGAUUUCGGGAUGGCGCCUUCGCCACCAAUAGCGCCUUCUUCUUCUUCCACCGCUGCAGAAGCCGCAUUGAAUGCACAACCAGAAGGAGCCGCUGUUGGUGCCAACACUCCAUCCCAGUCUUCGAACACGAUGGUGCGCAAGGCAGGCGAAUCCGCUAGAUGUUGGAACCACCCGCCCCAGUCUACGCCGUGCCGUGGGUCGAUGAUUCCGCGGAGGGUAGGCAGAGCGACGCCGAGCGGGGUUACCACCGAAACCUCCAGGAGAUCUCGCAGGUUCAGCUCGCUCACGGGAGGCAGGAAGCUACCUUCAUCGAGCCCUACGUUCUCGUAGCCGCUCAGGCUGAAACCGGUCCCGAUGCUCGUGAAGGAAAGCGCCGGCGAGGGCGCGCGAAGGAACGGGGUCUCACGGUGCCUGCUACUUGCACCUGCUGCGACCUGGGGCGGGGGCGAGAGCCAGUUGUCAACCACGGCGCGGCCAUCGUCUCCGUAGAUUCCGGUAGAAGUUGA